AUGGACGUCAGCCUGGCCCAAGGUGACACACGCCUCCUUGCCUCGCGUUGUCGCGUCUCUCCACCCAUCUCAGCCGACUCCAGCCUGUCUGACUUUCUCAAGCCGGGUGGCGCCCUUUUUCGUCCUCAAUCUUCAGAUCUGUCAUCAGAUCAAUCAUCAGCUUUCGGGCUGGCAUCACCAGAUCAAUCAUCAACAGCCUUCAAGCUGCCGUUCGCAGACCAAUCCUGGGUUCCUGUCCUCAAUCAUCAGAUCACGACUUGUACUAUCGCGUUGUACUAUCGCGCUGUACAUCAUCGGGAAGAGCGCUUGGUUCCCCCUGCAGGGGUUGCCAUUGGCCAGACCCAUCAGGAGCGGGUCAACUACCUCACUCGGGCCCGUAGGGUCAUCGUCACCAACCUUCUUGUUCAAUACAAGAAGCCGGAGCAGUUCCGGCAGAUGGCCAUUGUUGCCGCCCGCGAGCCAGAGCUUGACGAGUUCCUAGCAUUUCUAGAGUCUCAUGCUGUUGCUAUGACACCAGAACUCAAGAAAGACGGCAAGGUCGAUGUCACCCUGAACGCGGUGAUCGAUCCGGGCAUGAAGGUCCCGGAUCACUUCGUUCAGCGGAGCCAGGCCCUCCUCGACAAGUUCGAGGACGAGAGUUGGGGUGGUGAGAGUGACGUUGACGACGAGGCGGAGGACGACAUGGAGGGCGAGGAGGCGACGGAAGAGGCCUCGACUUCUGCUGCAUCCCCUCGGUGGCGCUUGACGUCCUCGGCACGCAAUACUCGAGGUGGCCUCCGUCCUGAAGGCGGUACUCCCGCCUGCAGACGGCCCCAUGGAUCCCCCGUACGGCAGCGUGCCUCAGUGCCGGCCUUGGGCGGCGUGUUCAUGGGUGAAGGGAAACUGAGGCACACAAGCAAGCGGUUCAGUGACUCGUCAGCAGUCUGCAGCCAGGCUGCUGCCGCUGAGGACCAGCCUGGUGCUUCCGAGGAUCAGCCCACUUCCAACAACUUCAUGUCCCAUCGGUCGAAUUGCUCUGGUUAA